AUGGAGCAUCUUCUUCAUCAAGCUUCAGAGGUAUGUGCCGUAAUGCCCUGUCAACUGGACUGGUAUCAACUGAACUGCAAUGGCUGGGCAUUUUGGAGCAUAAAACAAGACGAUGAGUUGCAGUACCAGCGAUCGAUUUCCCCUAUCAUGUCUGCUGCUGCUGCUGAUUCUGUUGUUUCCAGUUCUGUAAUGGUGAAAUUGAGGAUCAAAUCUGUUCUUGAGAAAAUGUGGAGUCCACAUAUAUCUCUGGUUCAAUUUUGGGCACCCAUCAAGGUCAACGGAUCGAAUUUCCUGUCCACUGCAGAUCAACUAUUUGUUUUCAGUAAGGAACUUGAUAAGAGGUUGUGUUCAUACAGGAGGUUCUGUCUCAAUACUUUGAUUCCAAUUGACGAGUACAAGGAAGGUCUACUUGGACGAGUUUCCACAAGUUGCUCGCCAGAAUGUAACCCCAACCUCCCAAGUUACUCCGCUGCAGAGUUUCCACUGCUUCAAAGUGGAAUUCGAUUGGGAAUCCAUUCUUAUUAUGCAAUUCCAGUGUUCAACCUCUAUGAUCAGCGGUACCUUGGUGUACUUGAGAUUGUAUCUACAAAAUCAGCUCUACGUCUUCCCCAACUUAUUAAGGGGUUGAAUUCCAAAUCAUUUGGGUUGUAUAGCAUUUGUAACUCAAGGGACAUGCUUUAUGGACUUUCAGAGUUUCAAAUCCUAAUAGUGGUAUCAAGAGCCCUUCUUCUUGAGGGAUCUGUGAAGGCAAGAAGGCUAAGGUUUUUUCUUCUUCUAAGGUGA